CCCAAAUUGUUGCAGGGUUUUGCUUCUGAAAUCCGAAAAUCAAUCUAGAGUGAACCAGGAGAUGACAACCAACCCAAAAGCAAAAGAGCAGUUAACUGGAACGGAAAAUGAGCAACCUGUGCCUGUUGGGUGGUUACAGAAAAUUGAAGAGCGGUAUAGGAAAACCAAAGAAGAUGUCGAGGCUUACCCCUAUGUAUGGGGCUCUUAUAUUCUUGUAUACGGAGGUUUUGGUUUAUGGCUGACCUACAGGUGGAGAGCUCUGCGCAAAACUGAAGACAGAGUUCGAGCUCUUCAAGAGAAGAUCCGCAAACAGCGUGACGAGGCGUCUACUUCUGCUGAAGUUGCAGAGAGAUCAGUAAAAUAUGGUUCAUCGAAACCCAAGCCGCCAUCUGUUGAUAAAGCUACCCAAUAGUCAGUGUAAGCUAAAUAUUCUUCUGGAAACUUAUGUUUUGCAGUUCUAGUUCGGAGAUUCUGGUAAUUACCUACACUUUCACUCGUUGUUGGAUCAUAUGAGCAACAUUUCCAGUAUAUGGUAGUUAAAGAGUAUUAUUUGAGCUCUUAGACAUAAACGAUGAGGUGGAAAAUAAUGAUUCUGCCUUUUUCCAUUGUCUUAUGAUGAAUGUAAAUUUCAUUUUUAUGCCACACAUCCAUCAUAAGCUGAGGGUUGCUGGAUAAUGGUGGUUUGUAAAUUAUAGCUGACAAUGAAAGUUUGAGAAGGUAUUGUAAACUGGUAA